GCAAGUCAAGCCAAGAUUAAAGUUGCACAAAUCAUGUCAAACUUUUUCAAACAUAUAAACACUCACUCACUCACUCACUCACACAUUGUUGACACCAAAGGUUUCCUCUGUCUGAAAAUGGCAGACUUCCAAACCAGUAGUAAGCCUUUGCUUCUCUCACUCUUCUUCGUCUGCUUCUCUCUCAUCCACUCAUCCAAGUAUGACCAUGAAGAGCUGCAGUGGCUAGACGACAAAGACGAUGAGAUCUCCAUGUUCGAGAGCAGGCAUUCAUCCCUCAGAAGCUGUGACUUGAGCAAAGGAAAAUGGGUGUAUGAUCAAACCUACCCUCUCUACGAUGCCAACUGCCCCUACCUCAGCAGCGCCGUGGCGUGUCGGAAAAACGGCCGCCCCGAUUCAGACUACGAGAAGUGGAGGUGGAAGCCCGACGGCUGCUCAAUUCCUAGAUUUGAUGCAUUGGAGUUUCUUGGAAGGAUGAGAAGGAAGAGGAUCAUGCUUGUGGGUGAUUCCAUAAUGAGGAACCAGUGGGAGUCCCUCGUUUGCUUGCUUCAAUCCGUCGUUCCAACCCCACGAAAGACGGUCAUCUACAACGGCCCUACUAUGGCCUUUCUUGCUCUGGAUUUUGAGAUGUCGAUUGAGUUCUGUUGGGCUCCAUUCUUGGUGGAGCUGAAGAGAGAGGCUGAUGGGAAGAGGAUAUUGCACCUAGAUUUGAUCGAAGAGAAUGCCAAGUAUUGGAGAGGUGUAGACACCCUUGUGUUUGAUUCAGCUCAUUGGUGGACUCACUCCGACAAAUGGAGCUCAUGGGAUUUUGUGAUGGAGGGCAACAAUGCGUACAAAGACAUCAAUCCAUCACUUGCUUAUGAGAAAGGGAUGACAACUUGGGCUAAAUGGAUUGACCUAAAUCUUGAUCCUAGAAGGACUAAAGUCUUCUUCAGAAGCAUGUCACCUAGGCAUAACAAAGAAAAUGGAUGGAAGUGUAAUAAUCAGAAGGAGCCCUUGAAGUAUCUGAGCCGGCCUCAUGCCCCGGAGCAGCUGGUGGUUCUGGAGAAGGUUCUGAGGAGAAUGGAGUUCCCGGUGUCCGUUCAGGAUAUCAUGACGUUGUCAGCUUUGAGACGGGACGGGCACCCCUCGGUCUAUGCCCGGGCAACGGGUGGGAAGAAUGACCAGCUGAUGAAGGAUCACACCUCUGAUUGUAGUCAUUGGUGUCUGCCUGGAGUGCCUGAUACUUGGAAUGAGAUCUUGAAUGCAAUGCUUUGAAUUAGGACUACUUGUUAAGCUUUUUGUUGCUGCUGUUGUGGUAAGAAAAGAAAAAAAAUAGCUGUGGUAGCAGCUUAAUUAUAUAUGAUGAGUUAAGUUUGUGUAGUAUUUGAGUUCAUUUGAGUUGUCAUAAGCUUUUGAUCUAUUGUAAAAAUGUGAUGUCUUAUAGUCUA